GCACCAUUAAAAAAUGGUUCACGCCUCUGAAGUCUUGAUGUUUUCGGUAAAACUACUACAUUUGGCUGGCGCAGCACAAUUGUACGAUCUAAAGCAGGGGAAAGAGAGAUAGAGAGAGAGUAGAGGUAGGAACUGAGAGGCUUUCUUGAGGCAUCUGGGCGAGGUCGAAGUUCAUCAUCGAUCGAAGCAAAUGAGUAAAGGGAGGAGGUGGCCGUUUCGCCAUUAAUGGCCUGUUUCGGCCGAAACAGGAAAGGAAACAGGGAAGCAAAAGGCAAAAAGGAAGAAGGAAAAGGUGGGGAAUUAAUACUAUUUGAUGGCAAACGAAGGGAGUUCCGGCGGCCAUGGCUACCAGCAGCAUAUUUCCUUCGCCAUGAUUCAUCAUCCUUCUUCUUCCUCCUCAUCCAUGCACGAAAGCUUUAUGAGAAGCAAGGAGAGUAGUGGAGCUUAUGACUUGGGAGAGCUGGAUCAAGCUUUGUUCAUGUACUUAGAUGGGCAGGAUCACUCAGCGCAAGAACAAAGACAGACUCUGAACAUUUUCCCUUCUCAACCUAUGCACGUAGAGCCACCCUCCAAUUACAAGGGAGGAGGAGGAGGAAUAAGUUUGGCAUCUCCAUCAAGCAGUGGCUCCAAGAAGUCUAACUCAGAGCAGGCCAUGGAGUUGGCCAGCUCCAAAAAAGACCCUCCGACAGCGAUCAAGAAGGAAGGAAUUAACAGAAGGGGAACAACUGGUGCAGAUCAUCAAGAAGUAGGGCCUAAGACACCAGACCCUAAAAUCUUGAGAAGGCUGGCUCAGAAUAGAGAGGCGGCAAGGAAAAGCCGGCUGAGGAAGAAGGCUUAUAUUCAACAACUAGAGACGAGUAGGAUCAAGCUUACUCAGCUAGAGCAAGAGCUUCAAAGAGCCAGAUCACAAGGAUUAGUAUACGGCGGCGGAGCUCUCCUCGGCGAUCAGGGAUUCCCCGCCGGCGCCGGUGGGAUUAGCUCAGAUGCGGCGUCGAUAUUUGACGUGGAGUACGGGAGGUGGGUGGAGGAGCACCACCGGCUGAUGAUGGAGCUGCGGGCGGCGGUGCAGGAGCACCCGCCGGAGAACAGGCUGCGGAUGUUCGUGGACAGCUGCGUGGCGCACUACGACCAGAUGAUGAGCCUGAAGCACAUGGUGAUCAAGACCGACGUGUUCCACCUCCUCUCCGGCACCUGGCUCACCCCCGCCGAACGCUGCUUCAUGUGGAUGGGCGGUUUCCGGCCAUCCGACCUCCUCAAGAUGCCGUUGAGCCACAUCGAGCCACUGACGGAGCAGCAGCUGCUGGCCGUGUGCGGAUUGCAGCAGUCGACACAAGAGGCGGAGGAAGCACUCAGCCAAGGCCACGACGCCCUGAACCAGUCCCUGCUGGACGCCAUCACCGCCGACGCGCUGAACUGCACGUCCGACGUGGCCAACUACUUCGGCCAGAUGGCCGUCGCCAUGAACAAGCUCACCGCCUUAGAAGGAUUCAUUCGACAAGCGGAUAACCUGAGACAGCAAACGCUUCACCGGCUUUACCAGAUACUGACGACGAGGCAGAUGGCGCGGUGCUUGCUGGCCAUCGCCGAGUACUUCCACCGUCUCCGUGCACUCAGCUCCCUUUGGGUAGCUCGGCCAAGACAGGAGUGACCAGUCGUUCCUUCCACGAGAGGAGUCAUCGAUCAAAGCUAGCUACCUAGCUAGCUAUUUCUUGGCAUGCAUAACAUGCGGUCAUGCAUACGCCUAAAAUACUGCCUGAGUGCGUAUAUCUAUUGGACACGGAGAGAAGAAUAGAGAUCCAUUUUCUGUAUUGUUUGAUCAUUGAGUGAUGUAUAGAAGGGGUAUAAUAUAGUGGACUAGAAUCUAAAGCUAGAUGAUGCGGUGAUGAGGGCCUCAUCAUGCGAAGGAUAGC